UCCGCUGCGAUCCCACAAUGCACCGCUGCGCUGCUGCAGAUGGAAUGUAGCUCGCUAGCCUCUCAUGCUAGCCGCGGCAUCGCAGUAAAGUUUGACAAACACAUCAUGAGCGGCUCGAACCCGGCGCCAGCGCUGCACUGACAACACAUGCGCUUCAGCUCAACUGCUCAGCGUUCAGCGAUGAACAUUGAUGAAAAGUUGGAGGGGAUGCUUAUGAAAUGUAGCCCUGUGGGGCUUCAUCACUCUUCCAGAGCUUUGGGACCCUCAAGGGUGGACGGAAGAGGAAGGAGAGGCAGUUUGGAUAUGACACUUGGGGAACGGAGCUUGGCUAAUCAUCCCCUUUUGGCAGAGGAUGAUGAUGAUGAAGAUGAUGAUGAUGAAGACCUGGCAGGUGGAGGCCUAACCUCGCAUGAUCUGAUACCCCAGGAUGACCUCAUGGUUCAUGAGGAGACGGUGAAAAAGGACGGACAGGAUGAAGCCGCUUUCUCACAGCGAAUCUCCCAUAAAUUACACUAUACACUCAAUAUGCCAGUAAAUAUAAAGCAGGAGAUGAAAUUGCCAGACUCAUUGAUUCUCAAUAAAAAGGAGAAGAAACCAGGGAGGGACCCAUCUGACUGUCACAAAAAGAAGAAGAGAAAGCAGCACUCGCCUGCAAAGAUUCUCACUAUUAAUGAAGACGGCUCCCUUGGGCACCAGAACCCGAAAUCUCAUGUCUGUGAGCACUGCAAUGCUGCUUUUCGGACAAACUACCAUUUACAAAGACAUGUCUUCAUUCACACAGGUGAAAAGCCUUUCCAGUGCAAUCAAUGUGACAUGCGCUUUAUUCAGAAGUACCUGCUUCAGAGACAUGAGAAGAUCCACACAGGUAAGAUCAAGUCCAGUAACGAGAAGAACGUCCUUCCAGAUGAGGUCCUGCAGACGCUUCUCGAUCACUACUCCAAUAAGGCCAACGGGCAAGCAGAGAUUUCCUUCAGUGUGGCGGACACCGAGGUCACAUCCAGCAUCUCUAUCAACUCUACCGAUGAGAGCAGCCCCACCGAGACUUUGGGGACCAGCUCACAAGGACCCCCGGCCGAGAAGGCUAGCCUUCUACAGGAGUACUCCAAGUUUCUCCAGCAAGCACUGGAAAGGACCAGUCAGAACGACACCUACCUGAACAACCAGAGUCUUACGUUUGUAAAUGACAGUGCCAGUCUUGCUGGCCAGCCUUUGUUUUCCACGGAGAAGCAGUUCACCUCCCCAUCCCGGUUCAGACCGAGCAUGAACUCUCCAUUGAGAUCCACCUUGGAGAAACCUAACUUUAGCCUUUUAGUAGAUUCCCAACACUCCUUCUCCUUUUCAGGUGACGAGACAAACCCUUCCUCAGUUUCGCCAACGGAGGACUUCCUCGACCAAGUGACCUCUCCCAAAAAAACAGAUGCGCAAAGCAUUAGUCAGACAUUUCAGAUCGCUACUUUUGACCAGAACUUUCGAUCUCAGUUUCCUAGCUCACGAGCUGGAAUGUCUUCACAGUUUAGCAUUGCCAGUGGACAAGUUAGCCUGAGAGGUCAUGGAGGAGCGGACUUCCCAGAGUUCUCUCUUGUUAACGAAACAAGAUCUCCAGAUGCUACAAGCAGUCAAACCUUUGGCUAAACAAGAGCUUUUAAUGAUUUGAAGCAUUUUAAUGGCACUUUAUAGUUCUGUCAGUGAAGGCAAUGUGAUCUCUGUGCAAAUACUUAUGAUUUUCCAUCUUUAAACAAUCACGCAUGUGGAGCAGAGUGAUGCACGCAUUAGAUUUCAUUAUCAGCACUUCUAAUGUAGACUAUGGGAUACUCUUUAUGUGUCAUUGCAUUAUUUGUGCAUUACACAUGUAGGGCUUGGGAUGAACGCACUAUGGCUUGCCAAAUUAGUUAGCCUGUGUGUUCUAGAAUUAGGAAUUCAAGCUACAACAACAAUGCUGUUGUAGUAGUCUAAAUUAUAGGGUCAAUGUAGCUUCCUAGAGAGAAAAUGAUACAAAAAUCAAUUCUGAUUUGGCCUCUUUUUAGCAUUUAGUUCUUUUGCUUGGAACAACAGGCUCAACGGACUGACCUAAUAAUGAAGGUCUAUAGAAACUACUCUGACAUAGCAUUACAAUCGAUUUUGUAACAUGUUGUCUGGAGAGGUACUGAAAGGACCUUACAUUCAUGCCCUAGACUUGAGUAAGGCACUUUGUUUAAAAAAUGAGUAACAUUUUUCUGCCGUUGUAAGCUAAUUUGUGUAUUUAAUUUUUUGUGCACUUAUUUACUUGUUGGAAUGUUUUUACAAAUAUUUGCAUUCUCUGCUCCCAUAAAGAAUCUCUCCAAGACACAUUUUGUUUAGAGCAAUCUGCAGGUAUUGUCAUACUGAAUUUGUAUGGACCUAGCCCAUCAUUUUAUAUAAUGAGAUUAUAUAAUCAUGAAAUAUUUUUUGCACAUUUCUCCUAAGGUUAUUGGAUCAAAACAAUAGAUAUUCUCAUGCUACUUCUGAACAGAUCAGUACAUUUUCAUGAGAGACUGUCUUGCCAAUCAGAUUUAGGGCACAUGGGGAACAAGGCAUCUGUAGAUGGUUUGUUUUCACAUAUUCUACAUUUAGGGAUGUAGUUUUGGCAAUUGUCAAUAUGCACUUCUUCAUUUGUCAUCAUUGUGCCUGACUCAGUGGUUAAUUCAGACGUACAGUAGUCAAAAUACAACAUACUUUGUUGAAAGAAUGUGCGCAUUUCAUCACUUUGAUUUCCUUAAGAGGAUUUCAUUUGUUCACAUUCUGUUUUCUUGAGUUUCCAGAUGGACUCAAUAUCUCAUAAACAUUACCCAUUAAACAGCACUUUGAGCUCAUGGGCAGUUUUUGUUAUUGCUUUAAAGCACUUUUCAGUUCCCACCUUCCCUCUACAUAAUGUACACAUUCAUAAAUCUGAUAUAAUCUAUAUCAGUGUUGAGUGAAAUCAAGAAAGAUGAUUUAAGAAUGUAUAGUCUGAGAUCAUAUUUUUUUGCUUUUUCUUUGUCUCAAAAACACCCCAUCCAUUAGCAAGUAUGUCUUUGUAUCAGAUUCACUUGCUGUUACUUAUUGGAUCAAUAUAGAACAAAAAAUAAAGUGUAAUGUUUGGUAAAGUUAUACUAAUAUGUACACACAGCAUUUAUUAAUCACACAUCUAUCUUUGUUAGCUUAAAAACUAAUCAUGUAAAUGAAAAACUUUGUUUCUGUUUUAUUUUUUAUUAAAUUUACCUGCUUGCCCCAUAACUGUUAAUCAUAAUCUUGAUUAAUCUUAGUUUUAUGCUUUAUACUCGUAGUAUCAUGCGAAACUGUACACUCAUUUCUUUGUAAAUCAUUUUUAAAAACAUUCUUAUGUAAAUUGUUUAAUGGUUUUAUAAACACACAAAUUCACUCUGCUCAUAUUUUGUGAAUGAGGCCCAUUAAGAACAGUCCUGUGUGUAUGUUUUUUUUAAUUUAUAGUAUGUUCUAGGUGUCAAAUACAUUUUACUGUUUUUGAUUGCGGUCUAUUAUAUGUGUGCCUAAACAUUCCCUUAUUGUCCCUUUAUUUCUACACAUUGUAAAUAGGUUGUAUAUUUUAAUUUGUGCAUUUUGAUGUGCACAUGUUUUGGAGUGUAGAGAGAGUGCGACAUGAUUUACUAUUUGCUGCCAUUUUGGUUUACUCAUUCCCGUAGUCCCUGAUGACUCUCAGCACAACUUUUGUGACUAAAUCAUGUUUGUGUUCUUGUUUGUAAAAUUACAAAUGUACUAUCCUCUAAGAAUUGCCUCUGAAUGAGUUUUUAAUAAUUAUAAUUUGAUUAAACCAUGUAUGGAUAUCAUACACCAUCAAAGGAGUUUUUAGGAUGUUAUUUAUCAUUUCAAUAUCAUGUGAUACCUUCAUUAUAAAUAUUUAAUCAAUAAUUACUGCGAUAGAUGCUCUAGAAAUUGGUAAAAGUGAGAUGAUAAGUUGAGGGAAGACCUUAAUGCUUUGUUUUUGCUUUCUUUUCUUUUAGUAAAUUGUGGAUUUUUAAAAAAAUUAAUUUUUUGUAAGCUCAGUUGCUAUUGGUAAAAGGUCAUAUCCAUUUAGACACAUGACUUGUUCUUUACUGACUGGGUAUUUUGAGCAAGUCUCAUCUGGUGUUACUGAUGGUGGAUCAUUGUUUUCUUUCAAGUUUAAUUUGAGUGGAAAACUGAAUGGUUUUAUUUAGUAAGCUCUUCUGACUAGUUUUAGACAUUUAAUUUUAUUGGGGAGUGCAUGUCCUCUGACUGUCUUUGUACACUGGUUAUAUUUCUAUAUGUAUCCAUUUUAUUGUAGCCGAAUUAUUUCCAUAGAAUAUACUUUAAUGCAAUACUUUGCCUAAGACAUGGGGGAAAAGUUCUGAUUGGAUGUUUUUGAUUGCGUGCCUCUUGUUGUGUAAUAAUAAAUUUCAA